AUGGGCACCAUCAAGCUGUCUAUUCCUCCAUUUCAAGGUAAAAAUGACCCUGAUGUUUAUAUUGAAUGGGAAAGAAAAGUUGAGCUGGUAUUCGAUUGCCACAAUUACUCGGAGGAGAAGAAAGUGAAGCUUGCUGCGGUGGCUUUCACCGACUAUGCCAUUGUAUGGUGGGAUCAGCUGACCCUGAGUAGAUGUCAGAACCGUGAGCUUCCCAUCGACAAAUGGGAGGACAUGAAAGCCGUUAUGAGAAGAAGGUUUGUUCCAUCUCACUAUUAUCGGGACUUACAUUUGAAAUUGCAAAGUCUGAAGCAGGGGUCCAUGACUGUGGAAGACUACAACAAGGAGAUGGAGAUAGCCUUGAUUCGGGCUAACAUUAAGGAGGACCGAGAGGCGACCAUGGCUCAGUUCAUUUGUGGCCUGAACCGUGAGAUUGCCAAUAUUGUUGAGCUGUAUCACUAUGUGGAUCUUGACGAUGUGAUGCACAUGGCAAUAAAAGUUGAAAGACAACUCAAGAAAGGAGUGCGAUCAUCUUCCAAGUAUGAGACUGUGAGUUCAUGUCCUUGGAAGCAGAAGUGGGGAUCAUCAAAACCAACUGAGAAAGCAAUUUCAAAAUCGAAGGGCGAAACGAGUGUGGCCAAGACCCAAUCUAGCAACAAGGAUAAGGGUAAUUCAUCUUCUCAACCUCAAAGAAAUCGUGACAUCAAAUAUUUUCGCUGUUUAGGAUCAGGUCAUAUUGCUUCUAAAUGCUCGAACAAGCGAGCAAUGAUCAUGUUGGAUAAUGGGGAAAUCGAAACUGAAGAGGAAGAUGAAGGAAAUGAGUCCACUCCAUCAGUUGAAGAUACUAGUGAUGUUGAGCUUGCUAUUGAUGGACAAGCUCUUGUUGUGCUAAGAGCUCUUCAUAUGCAAGCCAAAGGGGAUGAUGACGGGCUGCAAAGGGAGAACAUCUUCUACACCCGCUGCCAUGUGAAAGAUCGGGUAUGCGGUUUGAUUAUUGAUGGUGGCAGCUGUGUUAAUGUUGCAAGCAAGUUAAUGGUGGACAAGUUUGACCUACCUACCUUGAAGCAUCGAAAGCCGUAUAGACUCCAAUGGCUCAAUAACAGUGGUGAGAUAAAGGUAACCAAGCAGGUCCUUAUAUCAUUUACGAUUGGAAGCUACACGGAUGAGGUUUUGUGUGAUGUUGUACCCAUGCAAGCUAGCCAUUUUCUUCUUGGAAGGCCAUGGCAAUUUGAUAGACGGACCACACAUGAUGGGUACAAGAACCGUUACAGCUUCAGCAAGGAUGAUAGGAACAUUACACUUGCACCUUUGACACCACGUCAAGAUUUCAAGGAUGUCUUUUCCGAGGAUAUGCCACCUGGGUUACCACCCAAAAGAGGAAUCGAGUAUCAGAUUGAUUUCAUUCCAGGAGCUUCCAUUCCAAACCGACUAGCUUAUCGAAGUAGUCCAGAAAAGACCAAAGAGCUUCAAAGCAAGAGUUUGCAUGACCAUAUUGAUCAUUUGAAAUGUGUGCUUGAAGCUUUGAGGCAUGAAAAAUUGUUUGCCAACCUAAAGAAAUGCAGCUUUUGCGUAGAUAGGGAUGUUUUUCUUGGAUUUGUUGUCAGUUCUAGAGGCGUGGAAGUUGAUGAGGAGAAGCCGGGUUUUAUAGGAGGUGUUGUUCUUAUGCAAGAAAAGAGGCCAAUUGCCUACUUCAGUGAGAAGCUCAAUGGUGCAGCGUUGAACUACUCAACAUAUGACAAGGAGCUUUAUGCAUUGGUGCGAGCUUUGGAGACAUGGCAACAUUACUUGUGGUCCAAGGAGUUCAUCAUUCACACAGACCAUGAGUCACUGAAGCAUUUGAAAGGCUAA